AUGGCUCAACAAGAUAACGCCGUUCAGGACAGCCCUGGAAACAAGCUGUACCCCGAAGUACCCAGGAUGCGAUCGCCGCACUUGGAGUUUGUUUAUCGCCUUGUGGCCCAGAUGCACCCAACCGAUGGCUACGACAUAGAGAAUGUUCAAGGCACAGGCGUUAGCCGGUCAAUUGGGCACAUUCAAUCCGGCACCGUGCGAGGCCCGGGGAUCAAUGGGAUCGUAGUCGAGAACAGCGGUGCUGAUUGGGCCGAACGAGUGCAUUCCAAGAAGAUUUACUACAAGCUCGAUGCACGAUACGCUAUUCGAACUAACGAUGGGCAUCAUGUCUUCAUUCAAGCCCGUGGCCUUUUUAGACCAGGCCCCGGAGUUGAGUUCGACUACGAUGGCGGCGGCAAGACAAGCUUUUCCCAGGAUGAGGUUGAGUACUUCACUCAUAUCACAUUUGAGGCCGCAGGCGACGGGCCGUACAACUGGAUGAACGGGAUUGUGGCCAUUGGUGCACUGCAAAGCUUCGAGCGCAGUGCCAUCAUCGACUGCUGGCGUUUAACAAACUUCCCUGGGUGUGCAGUUGAGGAUGUUUAUGUUGGUAAAUAG